UUCAAAUCAAACGGUAACAGUUUCUUCCAUCCUUUUUCUUAAUGGCGAUUGCUCCCCAAUCCACAACCCCUUUGUGUUCUAAGUGGAAACAGACAAAAGAGGUGAAGAUUAAGAAAAGAUUCUUACAGCAAAAAUCUUCAUUUCCUAAACAGGUGAAUUAUGAUCUUGCUAGCAAUUUAAUAAUAAGCUAUGACCCAAAGGUAGCUGCUUCAGCCCAACCUCCUGAUUCUCAAGCCAAGUCUGCUGCUAUCGAGCGAGCCACUGAGGUUCAAGCAAGCCUACCAUCCGAGUUACCUAGUUUUGUUAAGCCAAUGCUUCCAUCACAUGUUACAGGUGGCUUUUGGCUGGGGUUUCCCAAGAAAUUUUGUGAUGUUCAUCUGCCAAAGCAUGAUGAAAUGGUUGUGCUGGUGGAUGAAGAUCAACAAGAAUUCAACACAAAGUAUCUUGUGGACAAAACUGGAUUGAGCGGUGGCUGGAGAGGGUUCUCGAUUGCUCACAAAUUGCUUGAGGGAGAUGCUCUAGUUUUCCAAUUGAUUGAACAUUGGAAAUUUAAGGUCUACAUUGUUAGGGUAAAUGGUCUAAAUGAAAUCGACGGGGCUCUUGGUCUUCUAAACUUAGUUCCUUGUGGCAUGAAUGUCUGUCGAAUAAAAAAGGACUCCAGGAAUCCUCAGAGAGCUGAAGAUAUGGAUAUAGACUUGCAUCAAAACGAUAUUCAAGAAAGAGGUUUGGUAACGUAUGAUCAAUCAGGAGACGAUGGUGAGUAUAUAGACUCGGAAGUUUCUGAAGGACUCAGAUUCUCACAAUCUGUUCUUGAGUUCAAGGAUAUAAAGGGUAUUGACGAUUUCAGCAUCGUUAUGGAUGGUUUAAUCAUAGAUUCUGAAAUACCAAAGCAUUUUCAAAUCAAAUACUAUGAUCUAUGCUGUAGUCAGAAGACAUAUCUUCACGAAAACCUGCUCAAGGGUCUCAAUGUUCAACUAGCGGUUGGAAUAAUUCUUGAAACUGUUACAAUCGCUGAUGCCAUCAAAGCUUGUAAAGUGACCACCACUCGUGACAAUUUUGAAACAUGGGAUAAAACUCUAAAGGCCUUCGAAGAGGUGGGUAUGAGAGUUGGGUUCUUACAAGACCGGAUCAGUAAACUUAUAGGUUUAUUGUUUGAAUCAGAGGAGAUCUUGGAGGCAAAGAGGAAUGAACAAGUGAAAGCAGAAGAUGAGAUGAGAGUUAUGAACCAAAAGCUUUGUGGGGUUAGAGAAGCAAUCAAGAAUCUUAAUGUUGAGAUCGAAAGUUUGGAGAUGAAAUGCCAGAAACUUAAGCCAGUCUUUCUUAAAGAAGCUAAUGCACCUUGGUGACGGACAUAUUUGCAUGGUACUCAAUGAUGCAGUUUUUGUGUAGAAACUUUUUUGUGGGAACGAAAACAUUGAUCUCGUUUGAGAUGAUUUUGUCAUUGUGCGUGCGCAAUGAAGGUUUCCAGUUUUGUGGAUGGUUUGAUGUGGUCGUUGGGUGACUGAUGCCGAUCAUUGAUGAUCACGCGUCUAUUAGGAAUGUAGUAUGAAUUACACAAGUUGUAUAAUUGGGUUUUGUAAUAGCAACUUGUCAUCUGAACGUAGAUUUGGCGCCCUAUGCUAUUGUAAGAAACUUUUGAGCCUUCUCGGGGCCUAUACAAUUCUACGAUCGUCUUUCUGACAUAAUCUAUAUUUGUAUUAGACAAAGUCUUAAAGACAAG